AUGCCUGUUCUAGAACACUUGGACUUCUCCAUAAAAGAAAAUCAAGUCAUUGCCAUUGUUGGUCUGAGUGGUAGUGGAAAGAGCACAUUACUCAACCUUUUACUUCGUCUAUAUGAGCCUAGUAGUGGUCAGAUAUAUAUUGAUGGGUUCCCUCUUAAAGAGUUGGAUAUCCGGUGGCUGCGGCAGCACAUUGGAUAUGUUGCACAGGAAUCCCAUCUCUUUCACAUGGACAUCAAGUCAAACAUAAAGUAUGGUUGCCCCAGGGACAUACAACAAGAAGAUAUUGAACGGGCAGCGAAAAAGGCCUAUGCCCAUGAUUUCAUUUCUUCUCUUCCUAAUGGAUAUGAAACAAUUGUUGAUAACAAUGCACUUAGUGGUGGACAGAAGCAGCGAAUUGCCAUUGCCAGAGCCAUUCUUAGGGACCCUGUUAUAAUGAUACUUGAUGAAGCAACCAGUGCUCUAGAUGCUGAGAGUGAGCAUUAUAUCAAAGAGGUGCUGUAUGCCUUAAAAGAUGAAUCUAAAACAAGAACCAUCAUUAUUAUAGCUCAUAGGCUUUCUACUAUCAAAGCUGCUGAUAAGAUAUUUGUUAUGGACGAUGGUCGCAUCAUUGAGGUGGGAGAUCACGAAGAGCUUAUGAUCAAGGAUGGGCUCUAUGCAAAAUUAAAUAAAAUCCAAGCAGAUAUUUUGACUUGA